AGGAAGGGGAACUCCAGGCAGGACUAGAGCACAGAGAAGGUCACAGACAACCUCUCUCAGUAGGAGACAUGAUCCACAGCUGCUGGGCUGAGCAAGACAAACAGUGAAAACCUUUCAGUGAGAUGCAAGGUGAGCAGGGCGACAAGAUCUUGCACAAGUAUGAAUGGUCUUCACAGCCCAUGCCAGACCCUGCUCGUCAGCCUGCUUUUUACAAUUGCAUCACUGCUCCAGGUGUUUGGCCUACCAGAAAGUGGGUUGCCAAACAUUUCCCAUUCUCCCAGUCCUCAGUAUCCUCUUACUCACCACUUGUAGCUCAACCUUUUACUUCUUACUCAACUUCUGAGGGCGGGAAACUAUUUUUAGGAUCUGCCUUUGUAUAUAUCAGGACCUCUAGCUCUCCCUCCUGGAUUUCCUACAUCAGAGAAGCACAGAAAGUAGCUGCAGGGAAAGGUGAGGAGGCACGGCUAGACUUUGCUCAUCUUGGUAUGAUUUGUUGUUCAUAUUGAUUUACCUGUCUUUGGGGAGGGGUGAGUUUGGGUGGAUAAGAGAAUCUUGCUUUAAAAACACCAGCAAUAUACCUGCAAAGCUGGAGAGAGGCUGGGUGUAGUAGGGCAAGAAGGCAUUUGGUGACCCAGUCUCAGCUCUUUUCACUCCCUGUUGCGAGAGGUAACCAUCGCUUUGGGGAAGUUCCUUUUGUGCUGUUCACAUCAGGGACGUGACAAGGCAGGGAAAGGAUUAUAAGACACAGCUAGGGCAUUUUCACUUCCCAAAAGUGUGACACUGAAAUUCCUUUUGAGCAUGUGACCUCUUGAAUUCAUACCAGGAAGAGUAGCAGCAGCACCCAGGGAGGGGGUGUAAUGAGGCAUGCUGCUGUGGCAUGGGCAGGGAGAUGGCACAAAUCAGGAGCAGUGUGUAUGUGAAGAGGAUACAUCCUGGCAGUCAGAGUUGCUAUCUCAUGACUGCUUUUCUACUAAUUUUCAGGCCUUUUUAUCUGCCUUGUGUGUGUUACAAAGCAAGACGGCUAGACCUGUUUUCUCCAGGACAUUUCCUCAGAGGAGGCCCAGAGGAUUAGCCUGCAGACAUCAUGCUUGAGGUGAUGCAAAUACGGACCUGGAUUGAGCCAGUGGUUGCUGGUGCCCAGGUAGCCAGCUCCUUCUAUGACACAGGACUGCUGCUGGUGGUGAAAAACUACUACAACCAGACCAACUCAACCGCCCCAGCACAUUUACUCGAGGACAGACAGCAGAAAGCAGUCUCUAACUUCUACAUCAUCUACAACUUGGUCCUGGGCCUAAGCCCCUUGGUGUCAGCUUAUGGCUUGGCGAAGCUCGGGGACAGAAAGAACAGGAAGAUCACCAUCUGCUUGCCUCUCCUGGGCUACCUGGUCUCUAGGGCCCUUCUGCUCCUUUUGAUCCUGCUUGAGUGGCCAAUUGAGGUGAUGUACGGAGCUGCUGCCUUAAAUGGCCUGACCGGAGGCUUCACUACUUACUGGGCGGGUGUCAUGGCUCUAGGGUCACUAGGCUCCUCAGAGAGCAGGAGGUCUCUGCGGCUUAUCAUUAUCGAGUUGAUCUAUGGGAUGGCAGGCUUCUUGGGAAGCAUUGCAUCUGGGCACAUCUUUGUCCAUUUCAACCUCAGCUACCGCCAGGGCACCGUGCUUGUGGCUUGCAGCAUUGCCUGCUAUGCCUUCUGCCUCACCUACAGCCUCUUUGUCCUUAGAGUCCCCAAUGUGGAAGGUGCCCAGCCAGGUUUGACAGAUAACAGCAAAGCCAAGGAUGUAAAUCAGCUUGACAGCCCACUGCCACCUGAUGAAAGGACUGUAGGGAAUUGGGGCUCCUGUGAGAAGGAAGGCCACACACCUGUGAUGCCCUCAAAACUCAUCAUCGCCAUGCUCUUUGUGGGGGCUGUCAUGUAUGACUUAGCGGUUGCGGGAGGCAUAGAUGUGCUCCAGCUUUUUGUACUCAAGCAGCCUUUAAGUUGGAAUGGGAUUCAGGUUGGCUACGGCAAUGCUGCUGGCUACAUGAUCUUCCUCACCAGCUUCUUGGGAGUGUUUUUGUUCUCCAAGUACUUAAGGGACACUACCAUGAUCACGAUCGGCAUACUGUCUUUCAGUACUGGCAGUCUCAUCAUGGCCUUUGUGCGAAGGACUUUCCAGUUCUACAUCGCUCGGGCAGUGAUGUUGUUUGCACUUGUCCCUCUACCAACCAUCAGAUCGGUGUUGUCCAAACACGUAGAAGGAUCAUCCUACACAAAGGCAUUUGUCCUGCUGCAGCUGGCAUUAGUGAUCACUGGAGUGGUGACAUCCACACUCUACAACAAAAUAUAUCAAUGGACACUGGACUGGUACAGCAGCUUCUGUUUCAUUUUGUCUUGCAUCAUCGGUUGCCUAAGUAUCAUCCCCAUCAGCAUUGUGGCCUUCAAGCAACGUUCAGCAUCUGGUUCCUUUGAAGUUCUGACAGACUGACACCAUGUAACGGAAAUUUUUUUGAGCACUGGAGCCAUGGUGCAGGGUGGAGGAGCACCCUGGCUUACUGCCUCAGUCAGAGGACUUACAGGAAAAUGUAAAGAACUGGGUCUGCCACUUUAGUCCCUGUGGUUUAAGCAGAAAUUGCUAGCAAUCCUCAUAAAAAGAACCGUGCCAGUGGUAACCAUGUGACAGAACGCCAUCUCAAAGUAGCUAGCAGGCCAAGACCAAAGCACUCAAUAGGCAUAAACCCACUGUGCGGGCCGCCUCCCGAUCUCGUCCAUGUCGCCAUGUGCGAGCCGGGAGCGAUAUGCGGACCCGUUUUUGUGCGUGCGGGCUGUGGCCAGCAGCCUGGGCAUGCGGGGUCGAAGACA